AUGAACUCGUCGGACUCGUCGAGCAUAUGCAUCCACGACAGACCCCUGCCCAAGCCCAGGGCCGCAAAGAAAAGCAAGAGCUUGCCGAAAAAUGACGGAGCCAACGGCGGGCUGCUGAGAAAUUCGGCGAGUCGUGGCGGGAGCCCGAUGAGACCGGUCACUCCGGAAAGCCUCCACCAAGACCACGAACACCCAUUUUUCGACGAUCUUAUUACGAUUAAUGUCAGCGGACUUCGGUUUCAGACCCAUGAGCGAACGCUGGCGAGAUACGAAGAUACCUUACUUGGAAAUAAAGAAAAACGAUCGAGAUAUUGGAACCCUCACAACAGCGAAUUCUUCUUCGAUCGAUCGCGAUCCGCUUUCGAGUCGAUCCUCUACGUCUACCAAUCGAAUGGCCGAGUCAAGCGCCCCGAGUCGGUCCCCAUCGACAUGUUCCUCAGGGAAAUGCGCUUUUUCCAGAUGGGCGAUCACUUUGUGGAGGAAUUUUGGAAAAGCGAGGGCUAUGAAAAGCCAAAAGAACAUGAGAUGCCCGAGAACCCGACGCAGCGCCGAAUCUGGGAACUAAUGGAAUAUCCGGAUUCCUCGCUCGGGGCCCGCAUCGUCGCCUUCAUCAGCAUUGCCGUCAUCAUCGUGAGCAUCGUGAGCUUCUGCUGGGAAACGGUCCCCUCCUCCCAUGAAAAUGCGACGCUCGCCGACUCGAUGCUCACCCCGACGCCCAUGCUCAAGGACGACAGCUCGCGCAACUACUUCUUCUGGCUCGAAUUUAUUUGUAUUAUUUGGUUCACGAUAGAGCUUUUCCUUCGAUUCAUCUCGUGCCCCAACAAGUACAUCUUCCUCACCGCCUUCCUCAACAUUAUCGAUUUCGUCGCGAUCGCGCCGUUUUUUGUCAAUUUCUUCUGGGCCGACGCGAGCAAGUCGAACUCGUCGAUGUCGUUCGCCGUCCUCCGGGUUCUGAGGCUUGUUCGCGUCUUCAGAAUAUUUAAGCUUAGCCGACACUCGGUCGGCCUUCAAAUCCUCGGCAAAACCUUCCGCGCGUCGAUCCAGGAAUUUUGCCUGCUCAUCUUUUUCAUGGUCAUCGCCUUGGUGCUCUUCUCCUCCGGGAUGUACUUUGCCGAGCAGGGCGAACCGAACACCAAGUUCACCUCGAUCCCGGCGAGCUUCUGGUUUGUGCUGGUGACUAUGACGACAGUCGGAUAUGGCGACCUGGUCCCGAGCGGAAUGUAUGGGAAAAUUGUCGGGUCGAUGUGCGCGCUGAUUGGCGUGCUGACGCUCGCUCUACCUGUCCCGAUUAUCGUGGCCAACUUCAAGCACUUCUACCGCCAAGAGAACCGGCUGGCCACGAUGAAGACGGCCGGGAAAGACGUGGAAGAAGCCGAUUUCUCGGGUGGCGAAGACGAUUUA